CUGGACGGCGACAGAGGUGGGGGAAGGGAGGGGGCAGAAGAAGAAACAGGGCCGUCGCGCGACCGACUGAGGCGGCCGCGGGUGCCUGCGCGCGCGCCCUCGAGGGAUCGGGAGCGAAGCGGGCCUCCUGUGAGGAGGGCGCGAGGCAGGCCUGGAGGAGCAUCGCCAUAGAGACCGUGACAGCACAGAGCGGGACUGGGGGCGAGCUGAGCGAGAGAGAGAGAGAGAGAGAGAGCGAGCGAGCGCGCGGGCGGCCGGGGUGGAGGAAGGAAGGAAGGAAGCCGGGCCGGGUCAAACCGGGGCCUCAGUCUGCGCCGCGCGCUCGUGGCGGUGGGGACCGGCGGAGGCUGAGGCGGUCCCAGCAUGGAUCCGGGGGAAAGCGGAGGAGGCGGGAGCGGCGGCGGCGGCGGGAAGAUCCGGACGCGGCGGUACCACCUGGCCGCGGCCUCCUCGAAGCCUUACCCCAGGAACAAGCAGGGAAUUAUUAAUAUUGUGAAGGAAUCUGUGAAGAAUAUUGUUCCAACUUGGCUUCAGCGAUACUUCAGACAAAGUGAAGAGGGAUCCCCAAAUGAACAAAGGAGUGAGGAGGAGAAUGUGAACUAUCACCCUGCCUUUGCUGCUGACGACACGGAUAAUACCCUGGAAAUUGAUGGUCGAAUCACUCCUGAACCAACAGGAAUUAAUUUAGAAGGGCCCUCAACUAGUAGGACUGGUUUAAACUUCACAGAUGUUUUAACAAGACCCUCUCUCCAUCGGAGUCACCUUAACUGCACCAUCUUAGAUUCCCCGCCGCCACUUUGUCAACCCUCCACGUCAUCUGCAUUUCCAAUUAGUAACUCUGGACUUCCACUUGGAAAAGAAAUGAAAGAUUCUACCUCUCAGCACGAUGAUGACAACAUCUCAACUACUAGUGGUUUCUCAUCAAGAGCAUCUGAUAAAGAUAUCGCUGUUUCAAAAAGUGCUUCUGUACCCAAGCCUUACUCCAUCUGGACUGCAGAGGUCGUGAAAGACUCCAUCUCGUCCAGCAUGCCACAGCUUCACCAGGCUUCGAAAGAAAAGCGUCUGGAGUUCAAUCUCUCGACCUUUGGAACCCUUUCCCCUUCGCUUGGUAACACGUCAGUUCUUAAGACGAGCCAGCUUGGGAAUUCUCCAUUUUAUCCUGGAAAAACCACGUACGGAGGUGCAGCUGCUGCAGCAAGGCAAUCCAAAGCACGGAUUACACCUUAUCAGACACCCAUAAGAAGGCAAAUGAAAGCGAAGCAAGUGAAUGCCCAGUCCUGUGGAGUGACCAGUUCUACAGCACGCCGUAUCCUGCAGUCUCUGGAGAAGAUGUCGAGUCCACUAUCAGAUGCUAAAAGAAUUCCUUCUUCUGUUUCUUCAUCAUUGUCUUCUCCUGCUGAAAGAAGCACGUUGAAUGUCACUGACUUUCAUUCGCCAAGAAUAAGGGCUGAAUCCCAUUUUCCUCCGGUCCAGAAGCUUGUGACACCCAAAGCUGUGACACUGUCGAUGAGUCGGUCCCAGUAUUUUAAACCUUCUCUAACAUCUGCUGCCGAAUCAGGCAGGAUCCGACAGAGAAUAGAGAUGAACCACAAAGGAGUGAAAGAGAAAAAUCUGUCAGAACAGCAAAGAGAUCUGUCAGAAAGGAGUGUCUCAAGCCCAAAGUUCAGUGCUUCUGCAUCCAAUGGAUUGCUUCCAGCGGCUGGAAGCGGCGGCGGCAAGAUGAGGCGAGAAAGAGGUGUCCACUAUGUAUCAAAAUCUGCACGAGAGGAGGAGGAGGAGAUGGAAAUGCCAGCACUACCAGAAAUAUCUUUGCCCAUCAGCACAUCCUCAUUGCCAAACUUCACCUUUGGCCCUCUUGCUAGUACUCCUGCUUUACCUGUCAGCCCUGCACAGUCAAUACCUAAAAAGGUGCAACCUGCCAGUAAUGCGAGCAGUCCCGUGUUCAGAUUUUCAUCUCCGAUUGUAAAAUCCACUGAAGCAGAAGUGCUAUCGCCCACCUUCCCGUAAGCCAUUGGUGGCUUUAAAUUUAGUGUCCCUGUAGCAAAAUCAUCUGAGGCUUCAGGACCCAAGGAUGCUCCAGUUAUGUCUCUGAAUAAUGCAGCUGUCAAUAGCAUCAGCAGUAAGAGACAAAAUGAAGAGUAUGAUGGUCCCUUUAAGCCUGCAAAAGUCCUGAAACAAGGAAGUGUCUUGGAUAUUUUAAAGAGUCCUGGCUUUGCCUCUUCAACCACUUAUUCCUCAUCGGCUACUCCACCUGUCACAACAAUCACAGUAAUUUAUACAAGGCCGGCCAUAAGUAGCUUCUCCACAGCUGCUUCAGGAUUUGGAGAGAUUUCAAAACCAACGUCAUCGUAUUGGCAGUGUGAGGCAUGUCUAGUGAAAAACAAGGCGACGGACAGCAAGUGCAUAGCCUGUCAAACGGCUAAAGUGUCGACAUCAGAUGGUACUAAACACUCUGGAACUUUGAAUGUUGCCAUCAAACCAGCUGUUUCUACAACAGGGACACAGGGCUUUGGAGACAAGUUUAAGGCAGCCGCUGGGACUUGGGACUGUGACACUUGUUUGGUUCAGAACAAACCAGAAGCUACAAAAUGUGUGGCCUGCGAAACAACAAAACCUGGAACAGGAGUGAAACCUGCUCUUGUUAUGCCCGUGGUCACAGAAAAUACAACGACCGUGUCUUCCUCUUCUAGAUACACUGAUACAACAGUCACUUUGGGAUUUGGGGACAAAUUCAAGAAGCCAAAAGGUUCUUGGGAAUGUUCUGUGUGCUUAGUGUCAAAUAAGGCAGAGGACAGCAAAUGCGUGGCCUGCCAGUCUGACAAACCAGGAGGCUCCGUUCCUGUGGUGAGUAGCAGCGCUUCCUGUUUGCCCAGUCUUUCUGGAGGUUUUCUGGGCUUAGACAAAUUCAAGAAACCAGAAGGGAGUUGGGACUGCGAGACCUGCUUAGUACAGAACAAAGCAGGUGCCACGAAGUGCGUGGCUUGUGAGAGUGCAAAGCCGGGCAGCAAGGUGGAAGAGAAAAGUCUUAGUGCUGCCACUCCUGCUGCUGCCUCCUCGGCCCCAAGUGCUCCUUUGUUUAAAUUUGGGAUUCAAUCAUCUUCUUCAGAUUCGGCACAGACACCGGGAAGCACAGGGAAAGACUUCAAGUUUGGAGAGCCAGCAGGAUUUAAAUUUGGUAUUGCGUCAGAUCUGGGAGGCUCAGCGAACACUUUGACGGGAGGGUUUAAGGCCUCUAAAACUGAAGGCUCCAAGUCAGGAAGCUUUCCAGCGGAGACUAAAUCAGAGGGCGACUCAACAGGGAGCAAGAGUAGCAGCAGCUUCAACUUUGGACUUCCCUCUGGUGCUACCAGUGCAUCCAGCACGGGGUUUCAGUUUGGAAUAGCUAACCUUGGGCAGCCAGAAAAGAAAGAAGGACUUAGCAAGCCCGCUGUCGGGAGUUUCAGUUUUGGCACGGCUUCUGCAGCUUCAUCAGAGAAUAAAACUGGAAUAAGCGGCUUCAAAUUUGGAAAUGCAGAGGGAAAGGAAGGCGCAGCGACUCCCUUUUCCUUUAAGAGCCUGGAAGAGAAGAAAGAUGAGAUUCCCACAGCAAAAAGUGGGUUUGCUUUUGGUACUGUGGAAUCUGCGACUGCCCCGCAGCUUGCUUUGGGAAGGACAGAUGACAAACAGGACGCUGCCGCCCCUUCAAAUCCACUGGUGUUUGGAAAGAAAGCGGAGAAUGAAGAGGCAAAGGCACAACCCAUCUUCCCAUUUGGGAAGGUGGAGCAAACCAAAGAUGACAGCACAGGAAAACCUGCUUUUAGUUUCAGCCUGGCCAAACCAGCCGAGAAAGAAACUGAGCAAAUCCUACGUCAAAGGAAGUCACUGUGGUUUCCACAUUUUGGUGCUUACAAUCCAAACCCUGGAGAUCCAGGGUCUGCAAAGCCUGCAUUCAGUUUCUUGAACCCUGGUUCUUCUAACUCCGCUGUGCCGAGUGCUUCUGCUGCCAACAGCAACAGCAGAGCGUUCAGCAGCACGACGUCUGCCUCCAACCCUCCUCCGCCCACCUUUUUGUUCGGACAGGCCAGCAGUACUGUGAGCAGCUCUGCUUUUGGUAAUCCCACUGACUCCGGUACAUCCCAGUCCUUCGGGUUCUCUCAGGAGAACAAGCCGCCAGUGACCACCUCCAGCACAAACACCCCUGUCCCGUUUCUCUUUGGGACAGCAGCUGCGACUAACAGUACUGCUAACUCUGGCUUCAGUUUUGCAGCCCCCACCACCUCCACCACCACGGCAACGUCCACAGGUUCCUCCUCUUCGUUUGUGUUUGGUUCAGGGUCUUCAGCACCUGCCCCUGGUUCAGCAUUUUGUUCUAGUCAGGCACCAACAUUUGGUCAAAACCAAGGCUCCAGCCAGCCCCCUGUUCCAAGCUUUGGAUCCCUUUCGUCAUCAACAUCAUCAUCAUCAUUAUUUCCUGCCGGCACUCAGUCUGGGCCACCAGCUUUUGGGUCUGUAUCAAGUACUACCCAGCCGCCAGUCUUUGGACAACAAUCUACCCAACAAUCUGGUUUUGGCCCUGGUGCAACUGCUAGUUCUGGUCCUGUGUUUCAGUUUGGAAGCAGUUCUGCCAAUUUCAACUUUGCAGGCAAUAGCCCAGGAGUAUUUACCUUUGGGGCACCCCCUGGCGGACCAGUACAGCCCGCAGGGUCUUCAGGAUUUUCAUUCACCCAGCCUUCAGCAUUUAGCCUGGGCACAAGUAACGGGAAAAAUGUUUUCUCGCCAUCUGGAUCUUCGCUAUCUAAUCGGAAGAUAAAGACUGCUGUUAGACGUAGAAAAUAAAUAUUAACAGUUGUUACAGAUAGCAGUUUCUAUUACCACAGCUGGUUGCCCUGCAUUGAUCAAUUACUGACUUGUACCUCGUGCCGGGUUUAGCUGAAGCCACAUCUGCCUAAACUCUGCUUGCUUUUUUUGUUUUGUUCCCCCCCCCCUCAAUUUAGGUUUUUUCCCCCCCAAGAUUAGAAUGGGUGGCAGGGAGGACCUUGAGCAAAAACUACUUUAGGAUACGACAGUUUUUCUUCACUGACUUGGCAUGGUUUGGCUAUAGUUGUAAAUAUAGCCUGCACAGCGAAUGGCUUCGUAUAAUACCUCUGUUUGCACCACUCAUCUGCGUUUACUGACACCUCGAGAAUUGUAAUUAUAUCAGUGAGGGGAGUCUGUAUAGAGUAGAAAAAUGUGGGUAAUGAAUGGUUUCUAUGCAGGGUUUGUGUCGAUGUACGUGUGAAGUGAGUGAGUGGCAUGUGUCGUGCACUAAAAUUUUCUGAUAGAGGAAGAAUGAUCCAAAGGAUGACCCCUGCUAAGGACUAGUUAGAUCUGUAGUGCUUCAUUUACCGAUUAGAUAGGUGUCAAACUCGCGGCCCUCCAGAUGUUAUGCACUACAGUUCCCAUCAUCCCCUGCCAGCCUGAUGCUGGCAGGGGAUGAUGGGAGCUGUAGUCCAUAACAUCUGGAGGGCUGUGAGUUUGACGGCUCCUUUAUCACCUGUCUUGCCUUUUUCAUUAUUUUAUUAUGAAACAAACAUGUAAAUACAAUUCUGUUUCUCUGUGUCCUACUUUGGCAUAACAAAUCUGUGAACUUGAAAUUUUAAUUUUGUGUGUUACAGCAAAUUUUUGUUUAGUCUUGUCUCAAGAUUUUAUUAUGUAAAUCUCAUUAUUCAAAGUUGCCUAAAUCCAUUAAAGACCUUUAAAAUUGGGAAUUCUUAAAAUGAGUUUAUUGGCUUUUCUGAUCCAUUUUUGUUUGGACCAAAAACCAGUAUUGUACAAAGUGUUAAGUAUAUAUUUUUAUAUUUACGGAAAUGGACUCUGGUGACUUUGGAUAAUAAGGAGAAGUUUAAUAUUAAAGCCAUGUUUAUUACAGUAUAAUUAACAUGUUAAACCAUGGGAUAAAUGCCAUCAAUAAAAAUUAUGAAUCGUUUGUGUGAAUUUUAAUGAAGGUAUGUAUGAUCUUACCUGAAAUGCAUUUGUAAAGGGUUUUCUCAGUUUAAGAGAAUAUGAGUAUUCUGUUUAUAUCUACAUUUAAUUAAUAUUGAGCAAUACAAAUUGAAUGUAAAUUCUGUGCUGUUAGGUGUCCCCUUAAUGAGAGUGCCCAACUUUUCAAGUCAAAAAGACUUACUACAGUUGCCUGGAGCAUUUGGCUGACUCUUAACUUUCAAAAUAAAAUUUCUGUUAAAUCAUAAUAAAUAUCUAUAAUCGUG